AUGAUAGACUGUCAUUGCCACUUGGUGGAUAAUAAGUUCAAAGAAGAUGUUAAUCAAGUGAUUCAACAAGCUAUUGAAGAAGGAGUUAACAAGUUUGUUGUGGUUCCUGAGUUUCGGAAUCAAUUUGAGAAAGUUAUGAAGUUGAAGGAGCUUUUCCCGAACAAUGUUAUUGCUGCCAUAGGUAUUCAUCCCGUUCAGAAAAAGAGACGAUGCUGUGUUCUCGAAGAUCUCCAAGAUAUGGAACGUUUUAUCAUAGACAACAGAGAAAAAAUUCGCUGUAUCGGAGAAUUCAAAUCAGGCGUGAUACACAAGGAAGCUCAACAAGAAUCGCUUACAGAACAAUUACGUCUUGCCAGAGUAUUCAACCUCCCGGUAAACGUGCACUCAAGGUCGGCUCCGGAAGAAACUAUAAACAUACUUUCUCAAACGAAAUUGGAAGGGGUUCUAUUGCACGCUUUCGGUGGAAGUGAUGAGGAUAUUCUGAAUGGCGCUCAGAGAGGGUUCUUUUUUAGCGUCCCACCCUCGUAUGCUUCUACGGAAUAUGGGGAAAGGCUCAUAAGAAAAGUACCUUUGGAUCUUCUGUUAUUAGAGAGUGACUCCCCAGCAUUAGGACCGAAGAAGGGAGAACGUAACACACCGUCUAAUUGCAUAAUCUCAGCAAAUUUCAUUUCUAAGAUGAAGGAACUGACUUUGAAGGAUGUGAUCGAAAUAACCAACCGGAAUGCCGGUAGAUACUUGAAACUGAAUGGUUGA